AUGCUAUCAAUAAGUGGGCGAUGCAAGACCUUCGACGAGUCCGCCGAUGGAUAUGUGCGAGGCGAAGGUUGUAGUGGGCUGGUGCUGAAGCGUUUGUCGGACGCAACUGCGGCAGGCGAUCGUGUGUUGGCAGUGGUGAGGGGGAGCGCAGUGAAUCAAGACGGUCGCAGCGCGAGCCAAACUGCACCAAACGGCCCUUCGCAGCAACACGUCAUCUCGACGGCCUUGCAAGAAGCGCAGGUCUCACCGCUGGACGUGGAGUACGUCGAGACGCAUGGGACAGGCACAGCACUGGGUGACCCGAUCGAAGUCGGGGCUUUGAAAGCUGUGUACGGGCUGGGGCGUAGUGAGGAGCGACCGCUCGUGCUGGGCGCA